GGUGAUGGACGAUCGGUGGCGCAGGGCCUUCACAGCAGGAGCUGAGAAGUUUUUAGCUGACCGGUGUAGUAUUAGAAAUGGUAACAGGCUAAACUGCAGAACAUGUUAAUGGACAGCUGACCAACAUCUCCAAAGGGAACAGGGACGGCGAGCAGCCUUGGAUUUCCUACACGGUGCGCCAUGGAUUUUGUUAAAAAACCCAAACUGCUCGACUUCAAGAGCUCCCCCCCUCACCUGCAAUUUAACGACUUUGUACUGACCGGGUACCGUCCCGUCUCGACUUUGAAAGAAUGUCUCCAUAGUCUCUUCUACCUGCACAAUGAGUUUGGGAACAUCUAUACGCAUGCCAUACCAUUCCUGUGUUUCCUGUUGCUGCUGUUUCCAGCAUCCUUUAUCCCAGAGCGGGGCUGGAUCUGCGUGCUGCACCACCUGCGACCCCUUUAACCGUGGCUGGUGCUCUAUCACCUCUUCAUGAACCAUGAGGGCGGAGAGCCCAUCUACGACACCCUGCUCUCGCUCGACAUGUUCGGCGUGUGCCUCGUCAACACCCUUGGGGCGCUGCCCAUCAUCCACAUCACGCUGCUGUGCUACCCCGGCAGCCGGUGGGCUUUCGCUCCCUGGCCUCACGUGGCGCUUCAGCUCAGGUGUCCACUCUGCGUGGCGGCGCAGAGCAACAGUGGCGGACUGCAGUCCUUCUUCUGGCAGGCGCUCUUCCGCGUCUUCCUCUACGCGCUGCGCUGGUACGGCCCGGGCACCGGCAGCCCCGACUCCAUGCACUUCUACGCCACCAUGGACUCGCUGGCCGUGCUGGGCGGCCUGGUCAACGUGGUGCGCAUGCCCGAGCGGCUCAGCCCCGGCAGCUUCGACUACUGGCUCAACAGCCACCAGAUCAUGCACAUGCUGGUGGCGCUCUCCAUCGUCUACCUGCACUGGGGCAUGAUGGAGGACCUCGUGUGGUUGCGCACCUUUGAGUGCCCACCAGAGUGAACCAGGAACCUCAGGGAACACCAAGGAACCUUAGGGAACAUCAGGGAACCUUAGGGAACGUCAGGGAACCUUAGGGAACUGGGAUCAAACUUAGACAACAUACAGUACAGUGGAGUCACACUCUACAUAUAGACCUCUGGAGUUUGCCUACCAAAAAAGCCGCCAUCUUUGCCCAUAUAAGGAGAUCCGUGCCCAUGCAAUUUUUUCCUAUGGGAAAAUAAAAUGGGGAUUUUGAAUAAUUGCUCCAGUCAACUCUUGCAUUGACACAGAAGUCUGAGAUGCUGAGAUUUUGCCUUACACACUUUUGUCAUCUGUCUUUGAUUGGUAUUUGUGAUCUUCGGUAUGUCCAAUUGGGGAAUUUUGAUUUUUGCUACAUGGGAGCUGACCGAAGCUAACUAUUCUGAGGAGUUAGCCUCUGACUUUUGACACCGAAGAUCACAAAGAAACACUUGUAGUCAGAUGACAAAAGUAUGUAGUUCAAAAGGUCUGCAUCUCAAACCUUCUUCAUUACCUUCAACAGAGUUUGGCAGGCGCGAUUAUUCAAAGUCCCCAUGUUAUUUUCCCAUAUAGGAAAAAAAACGCAUGGACACAUGGCAUUCAAAGAAGUGUGUCGUCUGGAGAGUUCCAUGUUCAUUCCUAUUUACAGUAACGUUGGUGUAUAUAAUGUUGAAUAGAGUAAAAGUCAAAGACAGAAGUCAUUAGCAGCAGCUAUGGACUUCCAGGAUGCGCUUUAAAAGUUGGUAUAUUUAUGUUUACCUUGUUAAGAAGGGGUAUGUGCUUUGAUGUGCUCAUAACAGAGUUGAUUGAUAUUAUCCACAUCAGUGGAAAGCUGGGAAGACAAAUAUGGUGCUUGUUGUUGCUGUUGUGUAUAUUCUAUCUCUAUGGUGUUGCCAUCCAGGCCUGCUGGUCCAGGUCUUGGAGAGCGGCUGGGUCCUCAGGGUUUUACUUUAAUUCUUUAAUUCUAAUCAUGAACAGAAGGGACAUUUCUGUUCCUAAAGACAGGCCACUAGGAGGACCACCAGUGGCUCACAAAAUAACGGGGUAAUUACCACAUGAAGACUCCAGUCCACACACUAUAAGAUUUUACGAGUCAAUUUUGAGCAGUGACAUGAUACGCAAUUUCAGUCUGCAGUGUAAUGUACUGUUGCAUGGUUUCAUUGGAAAUAAAGUUGACUUGACUUGACUUUGAAAGCAAAAAAGGAUUUCUCCAACAUUUUAUCAAGGACUGAUAAAGAAUGGACUUAGUAGUUGCGAACCUGACAGACAGCGUGCUUGUGUAGAGAAGAGAGAGAGAAGAGAAGAGAAGACCCUUUUGGACUGGAUUGGUGUUGGUGUGUAGAAGGAUCAUAAUAGAAGUCUGUGGAGUCUACAGUGCUGAUUCUGGUCAGAAGAGAGAUUAAUUGGACGUUUGGUAGUUGUGGACAUUUGGUUAAUGCACUUUAGUGUAGGGCUGGGCAAUGUUCCAAUACUAUGAUCAAAUUGCAUUUAACACACAACAUUAUACAGUAUGCCAUAUUGUGAUUUGUUUAUGUUGAAUUAUGAAGGAUUCAUAUCCAUAUUCCAUUUCCUCCAUGAAGGACUUCAUGAUAUAUUUGCCAAAUGCUCAUGGUCUCAAAAGAAGGCACUUGCAAAACUUAUAUAAACUUAUAUUUAAACUUAUAAUACAACAGAGAUCAGCAUGGAUUUAUAAUUGCCAAAGUUAAUCUGUGAAAUUACUGUGAUUAUAUAUAUAUAUAUAUAUAUUUGGUCCCAUUGCUCAGCCCUACUACUGAUGGACUAGUAGUGAUCAACUUUUUUGCUGGGUGUUCACAUUGCAGUGUUCUGGUGUGUUCUGAGCGAUAUGGUAGUCUUGUUUUGUGAGGUGCUGAACUAUAUGAACUUUGCCAUCAGCUUGCACUGUCUGGAAACAAGGUCAGAGAAGCCUGUGAGGUUUCCAAUCAAAUCAUGUGAAUGCUAUAUGCAGUUUGGACAGUGGUGCAGUGUAGGCAGUAAAUUGCUACUGGCAAGUGGCAAAUUGUAACUACUUAUAUACUUGAAUUUUGAAAAGCUGGGCUGUUUUGACAUCGACUGUCGUUGUCCAAAGGCUACUUUUACUGGUUUGUUUGGUUUUAUUCACUUGUUAGUUGGGAUUGGCUGAGGGUCCCCAAACAUUCCGGAACUUUCCAGGAAGAACCACUGGCUGAGUAAAACAAAUUCCAUUCCAGAUUCAUCCGGAAUCUUGUUUAGUCUCCAGUCCCGGCUGUGUUGUCAAGACGUAUACUAUAGGUUCAGUUUACAUGCAGUAGGUUUUUAUCAAGUGAUGUAUUCCCUAUUCAACACUGGUGCAAUAAACAAAGAUCGGUUUUAACCAAA